AACGUUCUGCAACAGCAACAGCAGCACUUACUACAAUUACAACACAAUCAGCGGAUUCUCGAGUUAUUCCAGCAACAGCAACUCGGUAACAAUGUUCCGAUACAUCAGUCUACUGCAGGUGCGUCGCCAACAGAUUCAAAACAGAAUUUUAUGCUGGCAAACGGGGGCAAUAAUUUGAUACAGUUGACUGGUGCAAGUGGUGGAGCACAGACGAACUUGGAAGCAUUACAACAGGCUUAUUUGCAGCAGUAUGCUGCUUCUUUUCCGCAAUUGACCAACGGAGCGAUGAACGGACAAGUGCCAUCGCAGUUACUAUUGAACGCGAAUGCGGUCACGCCGUCGAUCACAACUCCAUCGUCAUCGAUCUCGCUGAAUAAUAAUUCGAUAAAACCACUGACGGCUAGCAAUCAGUCGAAAGGACCCGACGGAUGCAAUCUGUUCAUCUAUCACCUACCACAAGACUUCACUGACUCUGAUCUGAUAACGACAUUCUCACCGUUCGGAAACAUUCUCUCAGCGAAGGUCUUUAUUGACAAGCAAACCAAUCUGAGUAAAUGUUUUGGUUAG